UGGGGGAGCUUGUGAAAGGGACGGGCUGUAGAGACUAAGGACAGGGUCUCUGGAGCAGCAAGGGAGAGUGUAGUGGGUGGACAAACACUGGUCCCUAUCAUAUUUUCUGCCUCCUUGGGGCUCAGAAGCCAUCUCCUUCUUGCUGUGAGAUAGCCUGGCUUCCACAGAAAGGCUGAGAAGAGGGAACUGUCCGGGAGGCGAGGGCAAAGGGUAGGGCUGGAGUGUGUACGACAGAACGUCUGAAGUACAAGACCCAGCUAGCUCGGGGCCAUGAGUUCCCCAGGCACCGGGAUCUGCUGUCCAGAGGAGGGGCUGCUUUCCCCCCAGUCCCAGAAGGACUACCCGAACUUCGAGUUACCAGCCCGACAAAGCCCCACCUGGCCCUCCUCCCCUGACGAGGACUUAGGUCUGCUCCCCUUCCCUGUGGAAGAACCCGGCCUCCGGGCCUCUGCCCCAGGAGAUCUUCCUUCUCCCGCCUUGUCCCUGGAGGAAGAAGAGGAGGAAGAUGAAGGGGAACCUGAGGUGCUAGUGAGUGAGGAGCACCCAGGCCAGUUCUUUGCAGAAGCUCGGCGGCUUCGGGACUCAAGCCUGCUGCUGGAUGAAGAGGUAAUAGUGCAGGGUCGAAGGUACGCGGUGCACGGGGUGGUCCUGGCUUCGGUCAGCAGUCUCUUUCGCUCCCGACUGCUGAGGAAUGGGGGCCCGCGAGCCCCACUAGAGCUGGACAUAGCCCCCAAGGGCUGGGAGGCCGUGCUGACCUUCGCCUAUGAGGGGGUGGUAGGUCCCGCCGCUUUGGGGGAUGUAGUGGCCGUGGCGGAGGUCCUGGGGGCCCCUCGGGUAGCAGCAGCUGCUCUAAGGAGACUGGAGGCGGACCGGAACCAAGGAGCCAAGGAGCAGGAGGGACCGGAUAAAACUGAGGAGUUGAGAGAGAGCCUGAAUAGCAUUGAGCGGCUCUAUCGUGAGGGUGUUGGCUGUGACCUGGAGCUGGAGGCAGAGGGCUGCCACCUGAAGGUUCACCGCGUGGCUCUGGUCUGUGGGAGCGAGUUCUUCGGGGCGAUGCUCUUGAGUGGAAUGAGGGAAUCCCAGGGCUCAGCUGUCGUCCUAUACACAGUCUCGGCCCCAGACCUGCAGCUCCUUGUCUCCUUUGCCUACGCAGGGGCAUUGCAAACAAACUGGUCAGGGCUCCUGAGGGCCACCCAGGCUGCCCUACAGUACCAAAGUGGCUCCUGCUUGGCCUUGUGCCAGAAAGCCCUGGCCCGAGGCCUUAGCCCUCUCCGAUGUUUAUCCUUGCUUCCUGUGGCUGAAGCCCCAGGACUUGAGAGACUUUGGGACAAAGUCCAUUACUACCUCCUCACCCAUCUGCCAGCUGUGGCCUCCUGCCCUACCUUCCCAGACCUGCCUCCUCCCUUUCUAGCCAACCUCCUGGCCAGCGAUGAGCUGCAUAUAGAAGAAGAAUUCGAGGCCUUUGAGGCUGCAUGGCGCUGGUUGGCAGCUGACCCUGUUGGCAGAGAGCCGGAAGCUGAGACUCUGCUGCGCUGUGUCCGUUUUGGUCGCAUGUCCACUCGGGAACUGCGGCGUGUGAGAGCUGCUGGAUUGCCCCAACCUCUGCCCUCAUCUUUGCUGCACCAGAUUCUGAUAGAGGCAGAGGUGCCAGGCCGAGAAAGGAGACGAGAACCUAAUCGGGCACUGGUGGUGAUUGGUGGAGAUGGGCUCACUCCAGACUUAGCUCAGAGUCGGCCAUCCCGAGGGGUGUGGUGGGCACGGGCCUUCUGCAGUGGUGUGGGGCUGGUACAUACAGUGGAGUGGGGUAAGCUACCUGCCUUGCCCGCUCCUGGGCGUUUCCGACAUGGUGCUGCCAGUCUCACUGGGACUGAACUAUACGUGUGUGGAGGGCAGCAUUACUACAGUCAUUCAGACACCUUGGCUUCAGUCCUCAGGUGGGCACCUGGACAAGGUAACUGGGAAGAGUUGGCUCCAAUGUGUCAGGCUCGCUCCUUCUUCCCACUGGUGGCUCAUGAUGGACAUCUUUAUGCCCUGGGUGGGAGAGACAAAGGGGAUGCCUUGGAUUCGGUGGAGGCCUAUGAUCCCAAGCUUGAUGUUUGGAGGACAGCACCAUCCCUCCCCACACCUUGCUUUGCCCAUGCAGCCUCUGUGUUGGAUGGUCAGGUGUAUGUGAGUGGAGGCUACACUGGGACUAGUCAAUAUCUGGCUUGCCUCUUUAACUACAACCCUACUCGCAAACCAUCGUGGAUCCUGCUGAGUCCCAUGAAGACCCCUCGGGCAGGUCAUGUCAUGGUGGCACUGGGUGGACGACUCUAUGUAGCAGGAGGUCUGGGUGAAGCUGGGGACCUGCUUAGUUUUGAAGUCUAUGAUCCCAGGACUGAUACCUGGAUGAGCCUGGAACCCUUGCCCUCCCCCCAUGUGGGCGCUGCUGGAGUCUCUCUUCAAGGGGAGAUGCUAGUUUUGGGGGGCUAUAGCUACCGAACAUAUGCUCUCUCCCACCUCAUCCAUUCAUACAACCCUGGCCUAGGCCGCUGGCUUUGCCUGGGAGCCUUACCCCGUCCCCGAGCUGAGAUGUCUGCCUGUGUCCUUCGUCUAUCUCCUGUAUAGCUGCAAACCCCAAGAGCUGACUUAGUGAGAUUUAAAUCGAUAGGAUAGAUGGCGAGAGAGAUGGAAAAUUAGGAUGUACAGAUUGAGGAUGUGGGAAAGAGGGGAAGAAGCACUUGAAGGAAGAAAACCAAUAGGUCAUAUGAUGCGGGGAAAAGCCUUACAGCAGGGUUUCUUAAUUGUGUGUGUGUGUCACGGACCCCCUCUGACAGUCUGGUGACACCUAUGGACCACGUCUCAGAAUAUUUCGAAAUACUGUACACAAUAGAAAAAUAAGAAUACAAAAGCAGCCAAUUACAUUGAAAUAGAGCUAUCGAAAUAUUUUUAAAUGGACUUCUGGAACCCAAGGUUAAGAACCCCAAAGGUAGGGAAGUAAAGAAUGCCGAAAUUAGGGGGAAAGAAACUUUGUUCAACUCCAACCAAGGCUUAUGGACCUAACAGUAGGCCCACGCAUGGCACAAGCUAUGGCCUCCUAUCAUCCUAGGAUUUAGAACUGGAAGAGAGCUUAGAGACCCUCAUUUUAUGGAUAAAGGAACCAAGGGCCAAAAUUUUCCGGGAGUUGUGUGGAUUCACAUAGGCAAUAAAUGGAUCCUACGAAAGGAUCAUAAAAAGAAAUGGGAAGCAAGGAAAACUUGAUAAAAGUUGGAAGGGGGCUACAAAGAGGCCUUCUCUUCCCCAUUUUCCCCUUUUACUCUGUUAAAUACUUCCCUUUUCCCACUGUCCAUGCUUCAAGCUUUCUAAGCCUUCCUGACUAGACCACAUCCCUCUAAAUAGCCCCUUAGGCUGAGCAUGUUUUUUUCUAUAUCUUCAAUCAUCACUUCUCCCUCUGGAGAACUUCUAGGUUCCAACAAGGUUGAAGUGUCAAGCAAAGAAGCUCUUGACUAGGGGAGUAAGAGGUGAGGAAAUACAGUGGAUAAAAUGCUGGAUUUGGAGUCAGGACAACUUGGGUUGAAAUUCUGUCUCUGAUACCUACUAGCUAUGUGACUUUGAGCAAAAUCACUUAACAUUUCCAAUCUUCAGUUUUCUUAUUUAUAAAAUGAGAAAGGUCCCUUCUAUCUCUAAAUCUAUGACCCUAUGAAGUGUCAAUAUCUAGGAAUGAACUUCAGAAAAGCUGCUGAUAGAAGUAAAUGUGUGGGGGCAGCUAGGUGGUGCAGUGGAUAGAGUACCAGACCUGGAGUCAGGAGUACCUGAGUUCAAAUCUGGCCUCAGACACUUAACAUUUUACUAGAUGUGUGACCCUGGGCAAGUCACUUAACCCCAAUUGCCUCACUAAAAAAAAAAAAAGAAGAAGUAAAUGUGUGUGUGUGUGUGUGUGUGUGUGUGUGAGUGUAGGUCGUAUUUGGGGAGGGGAAGGGAGGCAGAGAUGAAGUUAGAAGACCUAUAGUGAAAGGAAUUAUGGUUUAGGGAUGGAAGCUGAGCUAAGUAACUUCAUUAUCUAGAUCUGUCCUAACCUGGCAUCAUGCACAGCCCUUGAGGUAGAUUGUGAGGUGGGAGAAAAGAAACAUUUUUGACUUGAGACUCUGCAGCUGAGCAAGAGGUGGAUAGAAGGAUCAUUUGGAGACCAUAGAACCUGUAUAGGUGAUCCCCUAUCCCCUUUAGUCUUUUUCCUUGGGAUUUCCCCAAAUCAUCUAUUUUCUGAAUAGGGAAGGGGAAUGGAGCAAGAUAACACUGUGUUUUGGGGACAUUUAGUAUCUAUUUAGUCAAAGGCAAGUAGUUAUUUUUUUUUCUUUUUCUUUUUUCUUUCUUUUUUUUCUUUUUUGGCCAGGCAAUGAGGGUUAAGUGACUUGCCCAGGGUCACACAGCUAGUAAGUGUCAAGUGUCUGAGGCUGGAUCUGAACUCAGGUCCUCCUGAAUCCAGGGCCGGUGCUUUAUCCACUGCACCACCUAGCUACCCCUGGCAAGUAGCGAUUUCAAAGCUCCUUCAGGGAUAUGUCUACAAUUUAUUAUUAUUAUUUUUUUUUUACUCUUAACUUAAGAAAUAAAACAAGCAAUUCUAUGACAAAGCAGAAUAGAAAAAGAUUAUACAUGAAACUACAAAUCUAUUAUGUACAACUUCCUUUUCCUUUUAAAUAUAUAAUAAAGACAUCGUGUAACUUUC